CGGAACAAUACCGGGAUUCUGUACCGGGACAAUCCCGGGAUUCUGUACCGGGACAAUCCCGGGCUCUGUACCGGGACAAUCCCGGGCUCUGUACCGGGACAAUCCCGGGAUUCUGUACCGGGACAAUCUCGUGAUUCUGCACCGGGACAAUCUCGUGAUUCUGCACCGGGACAAUCCCGGGAUUCUGUACCAGGACAGUCCCGGGAUUCUGUACCGGGACAAUCCCGGGCUCUGUACCGGGACAAUCCCGGGAUUCUGUACCGGGAGCCCGCGGGACGUGCCGGCUUCCCGCCAAACCGCCGCCUCGUUUGCAUAACCCCGCCCAUUUUGCAACCCUCGCCUUCCCUUAUUUGCAUAAUCCCGCCUCUUAAUUUGCAUCUCCGCGCGUGCCGCGUCACCCCGGCAACGGCGCCGCGGGUUCGAGCCCGGCCGGGUCCCGCUGUCCCCGCUGUCCCCUCGCUGUCCCCUCACUGUCCCCUCGCUGUCUCCCGGCCAUGCUGCGUGACCAGGACACCGAGGCGGAUUUCCAGCGCUUCCUGCGCCGUGUGGACGAUGUCACCAAUUUGCUGCAAGGGCUGAGCUCCCCGGACGGGGCAGUCAGGGACAAAGCCAUUGCUGAGACAGAGAAAAGGCUCCAGGAGCAGGGAGGCAGCCGGGAGGAGGAGGAGGAGGAGGAGAGCAGGACCACGCUCAACAGAACCCUCAUCAACACCUCUGGCUCGGCGAGGGCAGAGGCAGUGGAUGCAGGUGGAUUCCUGGCAGCUCUGGAGAAGGAUGCCAAGGAGCGAGCCCAGAGGAGGAGGAGGAAUGAGCAGCUGGCAAAUGCCCUGAAGGAGCAGGGGAACGAAGCCUUCAGGGCAGGAGACUUUGCCCUGGCCAUCCAGAGGUACUCCCAGGGGCUGGACAGGCUCAGGGACAAGCAGGAGCUCUACACAAACAGGGCACAGGCCUACCUGAAGCUCCAUGAGUAUGAGAAAGCCAUCAGUGACUGUGAGUGGGCAUUAAAGUGCAAUAAAAACUGCAUUAAAGCCUAUUUCCUCAUGGGGAAAGCUCACCUGGCCCUGCAGCACUUCCCUGAGAGCAGGCAGUGCUAUGAGAAGAUGCUGCAGAUUGACCCCCAAAAGGAAAACCUGUUUAAAGAGUGUGUGGAGGAGGCCAGGCUGGAGGAGAAGAGGCUGAGAGAGGAGCAGGGAGCAGAGAGGGUAGCCCAGGCUGGGAGUGCUGCUGCUGCCUCCAUCCAGGAGCUGCUGCAGAGGAUCAGCAGCCCUGGCCAGCACCUGCUGUAUUACACUGGGGCCAUCAGGCUGCUGGCAGAGGCUGUGAGCUCUGGCUCUGGGCAAACAUUCUUCAGGACAAACAAUGGCUUCAGUAUCCUCAGGAACGAGACUGUCAGAGGGGCCUUCUGUGCAGAGAGCAGAAGCCCAGCUGAGGUGGAGCUGUGUGUUUCCCUCCUGCUGCUGUGGAGAGCUGCCUGUGCUGGCAAUGAAGAGAACCAGAAGCUGCUGCUGGCCCAGCCUGCAGUGAGUGCCCAGCUGGCAGAGCUGCUCUGCUCUGGCACCCCCCAGAUCCACAGGGACACCCUGGCUCUGAUUUCCCUCUUCUCAGAGCACCAGAGGGGCCGGAGGCUGCUGCUCAGGCAGGACCUGAGCAGAUGGUUGCAGAUUUUGCUGGCAUUUGUCAAGUGCACUGAUGCAAGGGCUGACAGUGCCAUGAACAUCCUGUCUGACUUAGCUGGGGAGCAAAGGUUCCAAGCCCAGUGUCAGGCAAAGUUUUCCACAGAUGUUUUACCUUUAUUCACCCAGUUGCUGGUGUGUGCCAGGCAGGUGAAGCAGGCAGCCCUGGCCCGUGCUGUGGCCGUGCUGGGCAGUCUGUGUGCAGAUGUGGGGCUGAGGGCACAGCUGGCUCAGAGCAGGGAGUGCUGGCAGGGCUGCCUGCAGCUGCUGGAUGGGUGCCCUGCUGGCAGCAGCCCUGGGUACCUGCAGUGUGUGUUUGCAGUGCUGGGGCUGAUGAUGAACCUGCUGCUCGAGUCCAACAGCACCAUCCAGGACUUAGCUGUGCCCAUCAGUGGCCGGUGCCUGGCUCUGCUCAGCCACCAGGACGGGAGGAUUGUCACCAGAGCCAUUGGGGUGCUGAGCCGUGUCCUGCCAGCGUCCCCCUCAGCAGUGGAGGAGGUGCUGAGAGGGGGAGUGGUGAAGAAAAUGCUCAAAUUCUUGAAAGCUGGAGGACAGCUCACCUGCAGCUAUGCCAUAAAAACCCUUGCCAGCUGCACCCAGAGCAGCAGGAGGGCUCAGGAGGAGCUGCUGAAGUGGGAUAAGAGGUUCCAGGUGCUGCUGAGGCUGCUGGAGGCAGGGGAUGAGCUGCUGGUGGGCAAUGCAGCUUUCUGCCUCAGCCAGUGCCUGCAGGUGCCCGGGGCAGCCUCAGCCCUGCUGGGCUCCAGCGUGGUGCAGCUGCUGCUCAGGCAGGCAGGGGGAGAUGCUCGGAGGAGCUCUGUGCAGCAGAACUCAGCCAUUGCCCUGGGCAGGCUCUGCGUGGCUGAGCCGAGGCACCUGCAGCAGCUGAGGAAGCUCAAUGGCUUGGCCAUCCUGAACUCCUGCAUGAAAUACCUGCCCAGCUGAACUCUCCAGAACCUUCCACAAGUGCCCUUCACUUACUGUUGAGUUUUCUUUGCUUUAAUAAAAUUAGUUCAAAGCACAUCAA